UACGUUAAAAAUCCAUACCACUAAAUAAAUGGACAUUUGAUUCAAGAAAAUAUGUGCACAUCCAUAAUUUGAUGUAUUGUCUCUUAUAACAAAUUUGAUGAGUUUUCUGAUCUAAAAGCUUCAAUACUGUUAUCGUUUGCCAGUUUCGCCAGAUCUUAAGUACCAACAAAUCUGUUCAGCGUAAUUUAAUCGGUUAUUGUGUGAGCCGAUGUAACAUUAAAUCAAUUUGAAAUAUUAUUCAAUACCUUGCGAAAAAAUUUAAAUGUUGUCUACCGUGUCAUCAGAUGAAUGUAUCUUUUCUCUCAGCUGUUACCGACACUGAUAAUUAUUGAUCCAGGCUAUCAAAAUAAUUAUACAUUUCACCAGCUCGCGUAACACGGGCGGGGGUACUCAGCGCAUAGGUUGACUCGCGUGAGCAUUUCCGUUGUCUCGCGUGCCGCUACAGUCGUCGGCUAUAAAAUCGCGCGCGUGCGGGGAGUCCCAGCACGUGCCGUUGCAUACUAACAACCAUUAGACCCUCUAUUCCGCUGUUGCCCUAAAAUCACGUGAGGUAAUGACUCCCCGAACAAUCCAGUGACUUCAAAUACGGCACGUGCAUCAAACGUGGCAAACUGUGUUCUAAGAAAGCGCGGAAGUAAAGAAGAUUGCUUUUCGGUGUAGUGACUGCGUCAAAAUCUCGAGAUUACACUUUAUCCUCAUUACGCAGAAUUUUACAGAAAGAAAAUCAACUUUAUUUCCAAAGGUGACAGAGGAAGUUAAGCAAUGGAAAAAUUAUGCAAAAAGACACUGGUUCCAGAGCAGACUUCACAUAAAGUGAUUGAAAAGAGACGUCGAGACAGAAUUAAUUCCUGUUUGUCAGAACUUAGCCAAGCGGUCCCUGCAGCUUUUUCUAAACAAUCAUCUGGGAAACUCGAAAAAGCAGAAAUCUUAGAAAUGACAGUCGAUUAUUUGCGUGCAAUUCAAGCAACAGAAAUUGGUCUACGCUUCGAAAAUAGUGAAUGGUUUUCUUCGGACAUUUGGGCUGAUUUCAUGCAUCAUUACCAAGUGGGGUACAACGACUGCAUUCGAGAGAUUCAACGCUUUAUGACAGACGUUGAAGGGUUAAAUGCAACGGAUGACAGAUGUGUUCGUUUGGUAUCCUACCUUCAGACACGUUUCCGGCCGGAGUCGUCAGUAGCUGGUGGAGCAGCUUACAGAGACUUGUUGCAACGUCUGAUGACUACAACACAGUCCAGGCGCAGUAUGUACUUGGGCAACUCUACCCCAUCAACGGGAUUUACAUCAUUCUUUUCUGCGGGGACAAGACGAUUUUCACCAUAUAUUUACCCAAAAACUGUAUGCCCUGCUUCUUCCCAAGAAAGUCAAACGCCAGGAGCAUUUCCUUUGCAUGUUGCAUACUCACCAAAUAAGGCAGUGUGUGCUCGAACUGAUAAUUUUAACCUGCAUAAAAAUCCACUAAAUAUAUAAACUAUACAAAAACCUUUUAAAACAUGUAACAUCUCGAAUGUGACAUCUCUUGGAGGAAUAAUUACUUCUUGAAAUUUAAUUACAUCCUUUCCAUGAGCUCUUUGUUGAAAUUUCAGCGGGUAAACGUACUAUUCUGUUAGUCAAUAUAAAAAUAAGAGCAAAACAAUUUUUUUAAUUAAAAAAAACUCGGUCAAUAUUCGAUUAAACUGCAGUUCGUUUUGGCAAACAAGCUUUUUUAAGGUCUUAUAUAAUAACGAAAAAAAUAUUAGCAAAUAUUGGCGAAAUAUCUGUUGCUACCAUUGUAACAUCAUUUCAUUUGUCAGUAGCUUGUCUUGGUUUAGAAAUUUAUAAGUUAAGAUUUUCGAUUUUAUACUUUAUUUGGGAAUAAGUUAUUGGCUCAUGAUUUCAAAAACCAUUACUUGAUAUGUUUCGCAUGCAUCAUAUACACUAUAUGUUUUGCUUUCCCGAUACUUUCUUUAUAAAUGCUUUCAUUUUUCAGAAGGCAUACAUGUACAUUUGCCAAUUAAACGAUAUAACUUAUAUAA